AUGGAAGCAGCAGCAGCAGCAGCAGACGUCGAGCACAGCUUCUGUGGGGAGCAGCUCCCGGCCGGGAAGCUGGACCGGGGCUGCCACCAAUACCACGAGUCCUCUCCGGCGGGGAGCUUCGACUGCAACAUCUGCCUGGAGGACGCGGCGGAGCCGGUGGUGACCCUCUGCGGCCACCUCUACUGCUGGCCCUGCAUCUACAAAUGGCUCCAUCUCGAGGGCAAAGACCCCCAGCAGUGCCCCGUCUGCAAGACCGCCGUCUCCCAGACCGCCCUCGUCCCUCUCUACGGCCGCGGGUAUACCACCGGCAAGCCCGCCGACGUCCCCCGCCGGCCGCCGCCGGCGCUCGCCGCCACCGACCACCUCCUCUCGGCGCCGCGGCCGCGGGCGAGCCACCAGUGGCACCACCACCGGCACUUGGACCGCCGGGGGGACGGUCACUACCUGAGCUUGCUCGGCGGCACGGCGGUGGCGGUUCUCCCGUGGGUGCUCGGCGAGCAGUGGAUGGGCCUCUACUACACCAACCCCUACGAGCACCUCGUCACCACCGCCCACGAGACCCGCCGCCUGAGGCGCCAGGAGCUCUCCCUCCACCGCAUCUCCGUCUUCCUCUUCUGUUGCUUGAUCCUCUGCCUCCUCCUCUUCUAA